UCUUAUCCUUUCUUUCAUGGUUCUGAUCUGUUGAGAAGAGGAGUCCCUAGCAUUGUACUACAAUGGGCUCCGAGCAAUACAACAACAGCAAGAGAUCUCAGAGAUUUCUGCUUACUGCAUUGGCUUCAGUACUGAUAUUUGGUGCUCUUAUCUUCGUUGCAAUCGGAAGUAAAGGGAGAGAAGAACAUGUGGGUUCUAGACGAUUGAAAGAGACGUCAAAUCAUGUGUUGCAAGAUGCAUGCAGCAGUACGCUUCAUCCAGAGCUCUGCGUUUCCAGUAUUUCAAGCUAUGGCGAGCUGUCCAGCAAAGCCGAUCAUAUGGAGGUCGUGCAAACCGCUGUAAAGGUGGGUAUAAGCGCCGUCCAGAAGAUCAAGACCCACGUCCAAAGGCUUUCUCGUCCUGGCCUUGACACCAGGCAACGCGGUGCUCUCAAAGACUGUAUGGAGAUGUUCGAUGACACGCUGGAGGAGCUCGAUGACACGCUGUCGGAUUUGCAAAACGCCACAUUUUUGACGCUGCCAAGGCACGCGGCUGAUCUGAAGACGCUGCUGAGCGGAGCCAUUACUAACCAGUACACGUGUCUCGAUGGCUUCCACCUCUGCAAAGGCCAUCUCAAACAAGACUUGAAUGCGGAGUUGCUCAAAAUCUCGCAUUUGGUCAGCAAUUCGCUUGCCAUGGUGUGUAACAUUACUGAUAAGGCAAAUCAAGUCCUUGGCAAUUCGGAUUCACUUCCCAACGGGCGGCGCCGCCUUUUGUCGGACGAUUUUGUGUCCUCCGACGAUGACGGCUUCCCGUCGUGGAUGUCGGCGGGAGAUCGACGGCUUUUACAGGCUCCUGCCCAAAAUGUUCAGGUUAAUGCUGUUGUUGCCAAGGACGGAAGUGGUCGUUACACAACCAUUGCGGCGGCGGUGGCUGCAGCUCCGGAGAAGAGCGCGUCCAGAUAUGUCAUCCAUAUUAAAAAGGGGGUGUAUCAGGAGAACGUUGAUGUUUCCAAAAACAAGCACAAUAUCAUGUUCAUUGGAGACGGCAAAGAUGGCACAGUGAUCACUGGCAAUCGAAAUGUUAAAGACGGCUCCACAACAUUUCAUUCUGCAACAGUUGCUGUGACGGGGAAAGGAUUCGUAGCCCGUGACAUAACCUUCAAGAACACGGCAGGACCGGCGAAGCACCAGGCGGUGGCCCUUCGUGUGGGAUCAGAUCUGUCGGCAUUCUGGAAGUGCAGCUUUGAGGGGUUCCAGGAGACCCUUUACGUUCACUCCCUCCGCCAAUUCUACCGAGAAUGUGACAUCUACGGCACUGUAGACUUCAUCUUUGGAAACGCUGCAGUUGUUUUUCAAAAUUGUAAUAUCAUGGCACGAAAGCCCGAUCCAAACCAAAAGAUAAUGUACACUGCUCAGGGUAGGGAGGAUCCCAAUCAAAACACGGGCAUCUCCAUUGAGAAUUGCAGGAUGUCAGCGACCUCUGAUCUGGUUGCAGCAAAAAGCUCGUUCCAGGUUUAUCUAGGAAGGCCAUGGAAGCAAUAUUCUCGUACUGUAAUAAUGCAAUCACACUUAGACGAUCUGAUCCAUCCUGCCGGUUGGCAUGAAUGGGACGGAAACUUCGCAUUAAGUACGCUCUACUAUGGAGAAUACAAUAACCGUGGUCCUGGUGCUAGUACUGCAAAUAGGGUCAAAUGGGGAGGCUACCGUGUGAUUACGAGCUCGACCGAGGCAAAUCAAUUUACAGUGAGCCAAUUCUUACAAGGAAAUUCGUGGUUGCCAUCUACAGGCGUUCAGUUUACUGCAGGUUUUACUGGAUAGUAAGUUGAUGAAGAAUUCCUCAUUUAAAUUUCAGUGCGUGAGAAAGGUUGCAAUAAAUUAAUAAGAUUUUGUGUGUUAUUUUAUUCAACACAGGAUUAAUGUGUCACACUGAGUUUAUGUUUAAAUGUUUUCAAUAAUUUUUUAAACUUGUUUGAUAAAUAAAGUCUGAAUUGCAUGUAAGCGAAAAAGCU